AAGGGCUCCAUAUAAACUGUGGCCGCCCUACUAAUUGAGAUCAUACGCGCUCUAAAUUUACCGGCGAGCCGUCGACGUUUUCGGGGAAUUCUAGAGAUCUUUUCGUUGCGAUUGCCGGUGAUUUGGACGGGGAAAGCUACAGAUCCGGUGCUGGAGAGACAUCUUCUGUUAAUUUCCGUGGCAAAGUCUUUGUUAGGGUUUAGUUUUGUUGUAAUCAGGCAAUCAUGACUGGAAACACUGCUUGUACCAUCUUUAUAGGUAAUUUGGAUGAGAAGGUAAAUGAUAGAGUACUAUAUGAGAUACUGAUUCAGGCUGGCCGUAUAGUAGACAUGCACAUCCCAAGGGACAAGGAAACAAACCGCCAUAAAGGCUAUGCCUUUGCAGAGUAUGAAACUGAGGAGAUAGCUCAGUAUGCUGUGAAGUUGUUCUCAGGCCUUGUUUCAAUUCAUAAAAAAACCCUUCGCUUUUCGAUGUCUGGUCAAAACAAGGUUGCAUCUCAGGAUCCCAAUCCUAAUCCAAACAUGCCUUCUCUUCGGAGAUCGCCGCCUAGUAAGAGAAAACAUUUGGAGGUUUCCAAUUCUUCUCCGCAAUUAUUUACACCAUGCAGAUCCGAUGCCUACUUGCAUUCGAAUGCCUCUAGUUACUCUCAAGCUUGCUCUCCAGUGCCUAUGUCUAAUGGCCCUAGAAUGGAAACUAGUUCAUACUAUGGAAAUCACCGACAACCUCAAUCUGCCUAUCAACGUUUUGGUACUCCAAACCAGCCCAGGCAUGUCCCACAAUUAUAUGACUCGAGGUAUCCUAUCACUAAUUCUUUCUAGCUGCCUCAUGGUUCAUGGUUUUUAGCAGGGACAAUCUCUCUCUCGUUCAAAUCCCUUUGUACUAUAGUUUUCUGUAGGCUGGAGGCACUAAUUGCUAGCUUUUAGUUCUGAAUAGGUGUUUGUGUUUAGAUCGAUAAAUUUAGAUGUGUUUUGUAAUAGUGGUAGAACUUAAAUGGUUGACUGAAAGUUGAUUCCUGAUGGACGUGUGCCUUUCUGUGCUGGACUUCGUUAGCAUCGCUGACUACUUAUGUAACGUGUUUAGACAGAAGAUUGACAUGCUCGCUCUUAGAUGGGCUCUGCCCCAGUUGUUUGUGCAACCUCUCUCUCUUUCUUUCUCUCUCUCUCUCUCUCUCUCUCUCUCUCUUGUGAACAAAUUGCAGUUGAGUCUCUCUCUCUCUCUCUGGGUUAUACAGGGGGGAAAUUUCAAAUUGCUAUGCAGCAUUUUGUGCUGUUCCAUGUUUUUCAGUUUUUUGCCUUCCCAAUUGCUAUGCAGCAUUUUGUUUUCUUC